AGAAAACAACGCUGGCCCUUUAAGACAGGAGUGAUCGCUCGGCUGGCGACCGUUCCGUGGUAUUAUCGAUCGAGCUACCAACACACAUGAGAUAGAUGGAAUUAUAACAAUGGAAUAUCACUGCGUUCUGUUUACUGUUUUGUUGCAGUUAAUCAUCCAACCAGGCAGGUCCAGGCCCACGAUCACCCCAGACGGACCCUGGCUCACAGUACCACUGAACGGCGACUUCAGUUUGCGCUGCCAGAGCAACAGUUCAGUGCGCUGGAUGCGAGAAGACCGUCCCACGCGAACCCUGAAGGAGGAACAAAGGCAGGGUCAACUAACAGUUCUUAAAAUGAGCAAAGCAGGCCCUCAACACAUGGGCAAAUAUUCAUGCUGUGAGGAGACUGGUGAAAAGAGCUCCAUCUAUGUGUAUGUAAAAGCAUUCCUCUCAGCAGAUCCUGAAAAUCCCUUCAGGAGGAGCAUCGUGUUUGACAUUGUUGCGGGAGAAGGAGAGACUGCCACGAUCCCAUGCUUGGCCACAGACCCAAAUAUGAUGGAGUUGCACCUGCAGAAAUGUGACGGACAGCCCCUUCCCAACAGCCUGCGAUAUUCCUCCAGCAUUGAGGCGGGCGUGGUGUUGGAAGCUGUUAGGAAGGACUUUGAGGGAUGUUACGUCUGCGUCGGGACUCUAGAAGGUGCCACGGUUAAAUCCGGACAAUAUCUACUUAAUGUCCGACUUGUUCCAGGUGCGCCUCCUCUGAUCACACUAGCUCAGCCUCAAAGAGUGCUGCUUACCCAGGGGGAAAAGCUCUCCCUAUCCUGCUCCACCUCAAAUGUCAACAGCGACAUCACAAUCAAGUGGAAGGCUCCACGCGGAGUGCAACCGUCAGUGCAGCUGACCUCGCGUCUCCUGACUGAGCCUAUUUCUCACGUGAGGACCGCCAUCCUCAGCCUGGGGUCCGUGACGAUGCAGGAUGCAGGGAGUUACAACUGUGAGGCCAUGAACGAAAGAGGGACCAGUGCAAAGCCGGUCUGGGUCGACAUCUAUGAUAAAGGCUUUAUUAACCUAACAAGUGUGAAUAACAGCACGAAGAGAGUGCGCGCUGGAGAAAGUCUGUCCCUGCGUGUGGUAAUGGACGCUUACCCGAAACCUCAUACGUUUUCCUGGAGCUACAGUGGUGUAAAACUAACCAAUACCACUGAUCAUGUCAUUACCAUCCGGUCACAUGGGAAUAGUUACACCAGCGAGCUGAAACUAGUGCGUCUCAAGGUGUCAGAAAGCGGCGUUUACACCUUUUCAUGCUCAAACCGAGACGCAAAUGUCCAUCAAACGUUCGAAGUCCAUGUCAUAAGUAAACCACAGAUUGUGUCCUAUGAGGGGCCGAUUGAUGGACAGGUGCGCUGUGUUGCAGAGGGUUACCCCACUCCUCAGAUCAAGUGGUAUUACUGUGACCAACCCCAUUCCAGGUGCUCUAAUUUGCUGAAUGCCACUCAGGAGGAGGAGGAUGUUGUCACUGUAACCAUGACAAGUCCUCCCUUUGGGAAAGGCGCAGUGGAGAGCCGUCUAAACAUAACCAAGAACAAUUAUGCCACCCUUGAAUGUGUGGCAUCUGCCAAUGGGGAAAUCGUGUACACUCUGUUUUCCAUCAGUGAGAACACUGUUCCUCAUGAACUCUUCACACCGUUGCUCAUCGGUUUUGUUGCCGCAGCUGUUAUCCUUGUUCUCAUCCUUAUCGUGCUGUCCUACAAAUACAUGCAGAAACCUAAAUACCAAAUACAGUGGAAAGUCAUAGAAGGUAUUCAUGGAAAUAGCUACGUGUACAUUGACCCUACCCAGCUUCCAUACGACCACCUGUGGGAGUUUCCCAGAGAUAAGCUGCGUUUUGGAAAAACUCUAGGAUCUGGAGCAUUUGGGAAGGUGGUGGAGGCCACUGCUUAUGGGAUGUCCAAAGCAGACACUGUGAUGACCGUAGCUGUGAAGAUGCUCAAACCAAGUGCCCAUGCCACUGAGAAAGAGGCUCUGAUGUCUGAGCUAAAGGUGCUUAGUUAUCUUGGCAACCAUAUUAACAUUGUCAACCUGCUAGGGGCCUGCACUGUAGGAGGUCCAACGCUAGUUAUAACGGAGUACUGCUGUUUUGGUGACCUGUUGAACUUCCUGCGCAGAAGGAGAGAAUCCUUCUACUUCUCUACACUGGGAGAAGACUCUUACUAUAGGAACAUCAUGCUGCAGCCAGAACCAAAUGAGAGCAGGAAUGGAUACAUGACCAUGAAGCCAUCUGUAUUGGGAAUUCUGUCCUCAGAAAACAGAAGAUCACUUAAUAAAGGUGAUUCAUACAGUGAUACGGAUGCCGUCAGUGAGAUUCUGCAGGAAGAUGGCUUGACUCUGGACACUGAGGAUCUUCUUAGCUUCUCCUACCAAGUAGCCAAAGGGAUGGAUUUUCUGGCAUCCAAGAACUGUAUUCACAGAGACCUGGCAGCCAGGAACAUUCUCCUCACCCAAGGCCGAGUGGCCAAGAUCUGUGACUUUGGACUAGCCCGAGACAUCACUACUGACUCAAACUAUGUUGUCAAGGGCAAUGCCCGUCUUCCAGUGAAGUGGAUGUCCCCCGAGAGCAUCUUUGAGUGUGUGUACACCUUUGAGAGUGAUGUUUGGUCUUAUGGCAUCCUGCUGUGGGAGAUCUUCUCCCUCGGGAGUAGUCCUUACCCGGGCAUGCCUGUGGACUCCAAAUUCUAUAAGAUGAUCAAGGAAGGAUACCGAAUGGAGUCGCCAGAGUUUUCCCCGAGUGAAAUGUACGAGAUCAUGCACUCAUGCUGGGACGCCGACCCCUUCAAGAGACCCUCAUUUACCAAGAUAGUGGAGAAAAUCGAACAGCAAAUCUCAGACAGCACCAAACAUAUUUACUUAAACUUCAGCUCCAGGUUGCCUGUUGCUCCGGGGCCCCAUGAGGAAUCCAGUUCUCCUGUCCAGCGGCUAAACUCAGUAGGCAGUCACAGUACCGCCACUCAGCCCCUGCUGUCCAACAAUGAUGUCUUCUUGGAAGGGACAGGUCCACAUCACCCUCCAGUGUGAAGAUCUGAUUCCCAGUAAAAAGCAGGCAUUCUAACAGAUGCCAUUCAUCUACUGAGACACUUCGCCUUAGCUAAGUGUCAUUGUAGCUGUCUGACAUGCAUGAGGACUUUGG